AAUUGUUUGUGCUUUCUCUGCAUCGACUUCCUGACACACGAUACACAUUUGCUCAAUUCUCAACGGCAUAGAAACAACGUUUGACGUUCACACGCCAUGCUGCCAGUUAAUUACACGCGACGUUAAGUGAAUGUUUCUCAGGAUAAGCGUAAAAAAGCAGUUACUACAGAUGACGUAAGAUCAGAAGCAACGAAACGAAAACAGAGUGAACGACGUUAAUUGACAAGGAUUUGACAAAAAAAACAGCCAUGGAAUAAGUUGUUCAACAGAAGAUUGUUAUGUAUAAUGGUUUAACUCAUGUCGCUUCCAGAAGUGAUCGGAGAGGGCGAGAAAAUAGUGACGGUGAUUUUGUUAGAAGGAGAUAGACUCAACGUCCGAAUACCAAAAACAGCAACUGGUAAGGAUCUAUUCAACCACGUGGUCAAACAUAUCGACCUUCGUGAAAGCAAAUAUUUUGGUUUGAUGAUAAUCAAAGGUAUACAAAUGGUAGAUUUGGACUAUGGGGGUGAAGAUAUCUCAGUAAAAGGCAGUGUACAGUGGAGCAAAUGUAGAAAGCGCAUGUUUUUUUCAGAAUCCGAGCAGCAAUUUGUAAACUUAAAGGAUCGCAUAUCAAAGUUGUCGAAAUUUGCACCAAAUCUUUGGCGAGAUGACAGUUCACGUAAUUCAUCACUUAUGUUUACAAUGUUUUUUCGAGUCAAAUUCUACGUUGAAAACAUUUGUCUGUUGAAAGAUGAAAUCACCAGACAUCUUUAUUAUCUGCAACUACGAAAAGAUGUUCUAGAAGGAAAUAUAUACGUCCACGAGGAAACGGCAUUGUUGCUGGCCUCUUACGCACUUCAAGCAGAGGUCCGGCAUGAACUAGGUUCAGGAGGGCCAAGCUCUUUGUAUUUUGCUCCGGAAAAGUAUCUUCCUCAAAGGGCCAUCAUGAAGUUGACUCCGGAGCAGAUACGUCAUCAACUACCCAAAAUGCAUCACUCUCAUCGCAAUCUUACAGAGGCACAAGCUGAAAUCGAGUUCUUAAAGGAAGCGCAAAAACUUCAAGAGUAUGGAGUUUUAUUCCACAAAGUUUCGAAGUUUAAGAAAGACAGAAGAGGAGGUUUUAGUCUUGGAAUUUGUCUUCGAGGGAUAUUGGUGUAUGAAGAACGAGGCUUUAUGAAGACACCAAUCUUUCGCCAUCCUUGGCAGCAUAUCAAAAGAAUGUCAUUUUACAGGAGAAGAUUCUUCAUUGAGGCACAAGGCACGAAAGAAAUUGAAAAGAUGAUCCUUUUUACAAGUGGAUAUAAACAGUCCCGCUAUCUCCUUGCCAUAAGUACUGACUUUUAUGACUUCCAUAGCGUGAUGGAGUCAAGUCUGACAGAGUCCAAAGACAAACAAGCUGUUGACACUCCGGAAAAUUACGUCGAUAACUCCAACAACGGUAAAGAAACAAGAUCAGUUGACAGAUCACAAUCUAAUGGAUCGGCUUUUAAUCAACUCUCAGGAAACAAAUAUCAAAUCGAACUUAUCAAAGAAAAGGGAAGUUUUGGUUUUAAUGUUAUGGGUGGAGCAAACGAAGAUGGAAUUUUUCUUAAGUCAGUCAAACCAAACGGUGCUGCUUCAAGAAGUGGUAAAAUGCUUGUAGGAGAUAAACUUUUAGAAAUCGAUGGAAAACCGGUGGGAGACAAAAGCACGCAAGAGGUUGUACAAAUGCUUCGAAGAAAACCGCAAUCAGUAACUUUAAAAAUGCAAAGCGGAGAAGCUUUGUCGUUGUCGUCAAUCGCCUCUCGUAAUCAUAUAAACAUUUCAACUGAACAAAUUCCGCUCACAUUUCGUAAUAUCGAAAAGAUGAAACAGUCAGAGAAGGAUGCACCAAUUUGUCUGACAGUUGAAUUGCCAAAAUUAAAUGGAAGUUUUGGAAUGAGUUUAACGGGUGGACCAGAGAUCGGAGGUAUCUUCGUAAAAACUCUGCUACCAGACGGAGCAGCAGAGCAAAGCGGAUCUAUUUUAGUAGGUGAUCGCGUUCUGGAAAUAAAUGGAGCGAAUUUAGAAAAUUGUACAAGAAAACAUGCCGUGCAGUUAUUAAGGACAUGUUCAUCGACCGUCAGAGUAAUUAUUGAACGUUAUAAAGGACUAGGAGCUCAACUUGACCAGAAAGCCAAAGCGAUAGAAACCGAUAUUUUGAAAUCUUCGCCAACAAACAUUAUUGUUGAAUUACAGAAGCAGCAGCAAAGUUUGGGCCUUAGUGUCGUGGGAGGACUAGAGUUGGGAGGAAUCUACGUCAGGACAAUAAAUCCAAACGGUGCUGCUGAUCUGGAUGGUCGAAUUUCCGUAGGAGAUAGGAUUUUGUGCGUGAAUGCGGUUAGUUUAAUCGGCGUGACAAGACAAGAGGCAGUUGACGUCAUGCGGAGUGCUGGGAAAAGAGUUCGUAUGGUCAUAGAUAAGUGCGAGCCUUCAUAUGAUGCAAUGUCCGAUUCAAUGACCAGCGUCCAAAGUUCGCAAACACUCGAUGAACCAGUCGAAUAUGGCCGACAAACGUUUGAAGUGACACUCUACAAACAAGAGUCGGGACUGGGAAUGAGUUUAAUUGGGGGCGGACCUCGCGAACCAAUAUUCAUCAAAAGCCUCGUACCGGAAGGAACUGCUGCAAAAAGUGGAGCUUUAGAAGUUGGAGAUAUCUUGAUACAAGUAAACGGAAAUAACUUGGAUCGCUUGACGUAUAAGGAGGCAUUGUCCAUCAUACGAAGUUGUCCACCCGAAGUGCGUCUUUUGGUCCAGCGGCAACAAACUAGGAUACUUCGUGACAACUACAGCGAACCGUAAAGUCAUUAGCCGUGCAUCAGCGUACUUAAGUACGUGAGCGUUGCGAUCAACUUGAUUCUCAAAAAAACCACGGAUCAGAAAGACUGGUGUUGACAAUCAUGACGAAGGAACGAGACAUAUGAGAAAAUUUACUCUCAUAAACGUUAAAAAUAACUAUGUAAAAAACGAUAUCAUAACAUUUUGUAACCUAAUUGGUAUUUAUUAAUACGACAAAUUUUUGCAAUUUUAACUAUUUCAAUUAAAUGCACAAUGGUAGAUUUAUCUCCA